GAAAUCAAAAUUAACAACAAAGCCGAGUGGUUUUUUUGGGGCAGACGAGAAAGAAAAAAAAUUAUUCAAUUUUUGAUUGAUUUGAAUGGGUAGAUGGAGAGCAGUAGCUCUGCUCCUUCGUAAUCAAAUUCUCAGUUCUUCAAAGAGACUAGUAGACAUUUCUUCUCCAUGUGUCUCGAGACACCAGGCGCUUGGUGUGUUAGCAACUUCUCGUUUCCGAUACUUGUCGUCGUUCCCUUCUCCGAUUUCGAUUUACAACAACGACGCUGAUUCUGCGUCAAAUGAUGGGUAUCAAAACUAUGAAUUCGGAACAGAGGAAGAGGAUGAACAAGGGAAGAUCCCUAUCAAAGCUUAUUUUCUCAGUACUAGUAUUGAUUUGAAGGGAAUGCAAGCUGACAACUUAUGCAAUGUUGUUCCUCCUACCUCACGUUCUACCAAUUCUAUUGCCCUCAAAUUUUCUGAUUUUCCUUCUGGUAUCCAUACUCUGGAUGAGAGGGAGAGUGUAAGCAACUGCCGGUUCAUGAUUGUCUUUCAAUACGGUUCUGCUAUUCUUUUUAAUAUUGAUGACAACGACGUUGAGCGUUAUCUUGACAUUGUUCGUAGACAUUCUUCUGGAUUGCUUACAAAUAUGAGAAAAGAUGAUUAUGCUGUGAAGGAGAAGCCUUUGUUGACUGAGGAAAUGAAAGGUGGCCCUGACUACAUCGUUCUCAGAACGUUGGAUACUAAUAGCAUCCGUAUAAUUGGGAGUGUGCUCGGGCAGAGUAUUGCGUUGGAUUACUUUGUUUCUCAGGUAGACAAGUUGGUGGAAGAGUUUGCUGAUAUAAACCGUGCGAUGGAGAAAACAGGAACUUUCACAAUGACCAGGAAAAAGCUCUUCCAACUUGUAGGGAAGGCGAAUUCUAAUCUAGCCGACGUGAUUCUCAAAGUUGGUUUGUUUGAGAGAUCUGAAAUUGCUUGGAGAGAGGCUAGAUAUGCUCAGAUAUACGAGUACCUAAGAGAAGAUUACGAGGUCACUCAGAGAUUUGGGGAUCUAGACUAUAAGCUAAAGUUUAUAGAGCACAACAUUCAUUUCCUCCAUCUGGUGAUGCAGAACCGACGAUCAGACCUUUUAGAAUGGUGCAUUAUCGUAUUACUGGUUAUUGAAAACGCAAUAGGCAUUUACGAGAUUGUUCGAGAAUCAGGAGUUGCACUCUGAUGCUACAAACGUACACAUCAUUGUAGAGAACUCAAAUUCUGUGAACCAAGUUCAUUUCUUUUGUUCUUUAGUUUACAUCUGUAAUAAAAAUUAACUUCACUCGCUAGCUUGUGUCGUCAACACAAGGUUUUUGGGAAAUUAGGAUCAAUACAAAUGUUAUGCUUCCUUCUUCGAAAACAUUAA